UUGGCAUUUCCAUAUUGAACAUAUGAUAAAAUCUCGCAAAGCACCUGCUACCCAUAUAACAGAAAGAAACCUUCCAUUCACCCGGUUAAUCUCGGAACAGAUCUCCAUGUAUGCGAGCAAGCAUGAUCUGCUCCGAGGCUAUCACCAUAUCACCAUUAAAGCCACCAUACUGGAUACCCACCCCAACCCGUAUCCUCGAUCUACAUGCCCCAACACCACCAACUUAACUCGGACCUAUUCUGAUAUCGAUCGGCCAACCGCCCCACUACCAACGAGGGCCAAAGCAUAGUCCUGUCCCCACUAUACCCCACUAUCCAGGAUCGUGGCGCUGUUUAUUGGACGCCAACACCCCUGUCAGUUAGGGUUGGAUCCACAGUGGCCGUCUGCUUGUCUGGAUUGGUAUUGGGUGUUUUGUCACCUUACUUUUUGGGUAGGUGUAGG